AUGAACAAAUCCAUAUGCUUUUGUCUGUUAUACUGUGUUGCUCUGGCAGAUAUUUGUUCACCUACAGGAAAGGAAUGGCAAUGUGGUGGUGGCUGCUCUGCUCCAGCUGGGGAGUUGUGUGUUUUCACCAACCAGUGCAGAGGCGGCAGUGAUGAGAGACAAGGUUCCUCUGAAAAAUGUGAUUUUGAAAGUGACCUCUGCAAACCUCUUCAUGAAGUGAGUUUACAUCCUGGAUGGAUUAGAAGAAACGGCAACUCUGGUGUGGGACCUCCAUAUUCUGACCAUAAUGGGAAUGACAGUACUUAUUUCCUUUCAUUAUCCUCUGAAAUGGGAUCCUCUUCUGCAACAUUGAGGUCCAAUGUCUUGCUUCCAACUGAUGAAGAACACAUUUGCCAGAUUACAUUUCAGUAUUGGAUCAGUCAGGGUGGAGUAUUGAUGGUGGGGCUUCAGAAGCACUCUGAAGAUGCUAUUAAAAACAUCUGGCUUGAUUCAGGAGACCUGCAAAACCAGUGGAAAGCGAAAACCAUCACGGUUAAUAGCACUGAAAAUUUUGAGGUUAUCUUUUGUGGGAUGGUGGAGAACCAGGUACAAGAUGAAACUGUUGCUAUUGAUGAUGUUUCUUUCAGUGAAGGAUGUUCUCUAGCUUCUGCACUGCAGACUUCCAACUUUGAGCUUGACAUGUGCAAGUGGAAUUCGGAUCAGCCAGUUGUGCCUGCUUCAUGGGUGCAACUGCAAUCUGGGCACAAGGUUGUCUCCUGUUCCUCUUUGAAAGAUCACAGAAAUGACAGUGAAGGCCAUUUGGUAUGUCUAGAAGCUAAUGACAGUGCAUUAUACAAAAGUGCUUAUCUAAACAGCUCCAUGUGUCAUUGCUCCAGCAAGAACUGCCAUUUUCAAUUUCAGUACUCCAUGGCAGAUAGCAGUGUUCUCAAGGCAGUACUGUAUACUAAUCAGGAGGAGCUUGUCUUGUGGGAAACCAACAUCGCAACUAACACGGAAUGGGCCAAAGCAUAUAUACAGAUACCAACAGGGCUAGAAAAAUUGAAGCUUACACUUAAAGGAACAACUCAGAGCAGCACAGGGUUCAUCUGUCUAAAUAACAUCCAGUUCUUGGACAUCACACGCUCAGAGCUGUCAGCUUUCAGCUCCAUAGAAGAAUUCACCUUCACUGAUUGGAAAUCUACUGAGCCUGGAUCAUCCUGUGUCUUUCAGUCAGACUGCUCUGACAACAGUGAUGAGGAUCCAACAGCUUGCUCUAAUUACACUACAUGUAAUUUUGACACUGACUUCUGUGGAUGGAAAACGCUGAACACGAGUGAUACUAAGUGGAACAUAAUGAAAAAAGGGGCUCACUUUGACAGCAGACUCCCUGACAGAGAUCAAACAACUAAAUCUGGACAUGAAACAUUCAUCUACUUCAGUGGAUCAUAUCAGAUGCACACAGAGAUAGCCACGUCUGAUCUGGGGAGUCCCUUCCUUGUCAAGCUGUCCCCUGGUCUUUCCUGCUGUCAGGUAAGAUUUUGGUAUUGGCUGUCUCAGGACUCCCAGCUUUCAGUUUUUAAGAGGAUUACCUCAAAUGGAAGUUUGGAAAAAAUGUGCGAUAUUUUGGGAUUGCCCGAAAUGGAGUGGACAAAAGCAAGUAUACCAGUAAAAAGUGCAGCUGGAGACUUAACUUUUCAGAUCAUUUUCCAAGCUACCAUUCUAGCAGCGAAUGCUACUGUUGCUAUAGAUAACAUCAGUGUAACAAAGGAAUGCGAAGUUGUGAAUAUAACGCUACCUGCUUUCAAACCAGAAAACAAAGCUUCUGUGUGUGACUUUGAAAGAGAUAGCUGUGGCUGGUUUGAAACUGCAAAUGAAGAUGGAUUUGACUGGGUAAGAAGUUCCAGUAGUUCUCUUGAACCUGCUUUUCAGCUGCAAGCUCCUCCUCAAGAUCACACCUACAACAAGUCUGAAGGUCAUUUUAUGUUCAUUUUGAAAAACAGCAGCAGCAUUUCACAAGUUGCUCAGCUACGAAGCCCAGAGUUCAGACAAACAGGAUCAAAUUGCACAAUGUCCUUUUGGUAUUAUAAUUAUGGGCAGUCAGUUGGAGCAGCAGAGAUGCAACUGCUUGUGGAUGGGCUGGAUGAGCCUACUGUUCUUUGGAGGGUAUAUUACAACCAGGGAAAUCAAUGGUUGAAGUCAUUCAUUCAACUCGGACGUCUUUCGCAUUCCUUCCAAUUUUCACUCAAUAAAAUCAGCUUGGGAUUUUAUGAUGGUGUCUCAGCAAUUGACGAUAUUACAUUUGAAAAUUGUGCCCUUCCACCUCCAGCAUUAAGCUGUGAAGGUCCUAAUUGGUUUUGGUGCAGAGACACAAAUGCAUGUAUUAGCCGUUUAUUGGUGUGUGAUCUUGUGGAUGACUGUGGGGAUGGAUCAGAUGAAGACAAGUGCAACCCUGACCUGCAGUGUGACUUUGAAAAUGGGCUGUGCAAUUGGGCGCAGGACACUGAGGAUGACUUUGACUGGAUAAGGAUACGAGGACCAACCCCUACGGUUAAUACAGGACCAUUAAAGGAUCACACAACGGGCACAAGUCUGGGACAUUACCUGUACAUGGAGUCUUCAGAGCCACAAGAAUUUGAAGAUAAAGCAGUUUUGCUUAGUCCUCUCUUCAGCCCUUCUUACAAUGGAACCUGCAUUUUCCGCUUUCAUUAUCAUAUGUCUGGAAAGCAAGUUUACACUUUGUCAGUCUUCCAGAGAACUAUGAGUAAUACCAAGGGAAUACUGCUGUGGUACAAGUAUGGAAAUCAAGGAGGAAGAUGGAUAAGACAGACAUUGUACAUCAGCAGCUCUAAGCCAUUUCAGAUCUUGGUGAAAGGUACAGUAGGAGAUGGUUUCACUGGAGACAUUGGACUUGAUGACUUGUCGUUUCUAGACUGUACUCUUUACAACGGAAACUUGCCAACAAUCUCUACAACUCUAUCAGGAACUUCCAUUCCUAUCACACUCCCCUUGAAUAACUGCACAGAGAAUGAGUUUGUGUGUAGAGCCUCUGGCCAUUGCAUCCGCAUGAUCCAGAAGUGUGAUUUUAGAACAGACUGCUCUGAUAAGUCUGAUGAAUCAGACUGUGCUGAGGAAAUCUGCAAUUUUGAAGAUAAUACCCAGUGUGGAUGGUAUCAGCCAACCUUGGAAGAGAUAUCAGAAACUGAUUCCAUCAGUAACACAAACCUGUUUAAGUGGGAACUUGGAAGUGGAGCAAAACUGUAUCCUGGAGAAGAAGAACACUGUCCAUCAACUGAUCAUACUACGUAUACUGAAGAAGGCUUGUAUCUGUUUGCAGACAGCUCAAAUGGAGAAUAUGGUCAUACUGCUGAUAUUGCUACACCAGUCAUUUCCUUUACAGGACCCAAAUGCAAAAUCGUGUUCUGGAACCAUAUGAAUGGUUCAACAGUAGGUUCUCUGGAGGUACUCUGUAAAGCUGGUAAUAAGACUUCUACACUAUGGACUCAAAGUGGUAGCCAAGGUCCAAAAUGGAACAGAGCAGAAGUGUUCUUGGGAAUUCGUUCAGAUUUUCAGAUUAUUUUCAGGGCGAAACGUGGUGUCAGUUACAUGGGAGAUGUGGCAGUGGAUGAUAUUACCUUUGAAGAUUGUUCCCCUUUGCUCAUCCCAGACAGACCUUGCACAUUAGAGGAAUUCACAUGUGCCAACAAGUACUGCAUCCCAAAGGAUAAUCUGUGUGAUUUUGUAAAUGACUGUGCAGAUAAUUCAGAUGAGAACCCUGCCAUUUGCAGUACCUCUAUUGGACGUUGUGAUUUUGAGUUUGAUCUUUGCGAGUGGAAGCAAGAUGAAAAUGAUGAUUUUGACUGGCACCUCAGAACUAGCAGUACUACUAAACUGGUCACUGGACCAGCUGCUGAUCAUACACUGCAAGAACUGUCUGGCCAUUACAUUUUUAUAAAGAGUUCUUUUCUUCAGCUGCCAGGACAGAAAGCUAGAAUUUCUAGUCCUGUGUUAAGCAGGAUGAAUAAAAACUGCAAGAUAUUUUUCUAUUACCAUAUGUAUGGAGCUCACGUUGGAUCAUUGAUAGUCUACCAGAUGACUAUGUCAAAGCAUGAAAAAAUCCUCCUUAUUCUUACUGGAAACCAGGGAAAUUUCUGGCAGAGCAAGGCACUGAACCUGGUUGUAGAUGGAAAUGAAGAUUUCCAAGUCAUAUUUGAAGGGAUAGUUGGAAGAGAUCUCAAAGAUGGCAUAGCACUUGAUGACAUCACAUUAUCUCGGGAAUGUUUACCAUCCCAGGAGUUUUUACCAGCAGAAUCCACAACACAGCUUCCAACAGGCUCCUGCUCACAUGGCAGUUGGCAAUGUCAGAACGGCAAGUGUUACAGACCAGAACAAAGCUGCAAUUUUGAAGACAACUGUGGGGAUAAUACAGAUGAGAGUGAAUGUGGCACUUCCUGCACCUUUGAGAAUGGAAGAUGUGGCUGGCAAAAUUCCUUGGCAGACAGUUUUGACUGGGUGCUGGGGGCUGGCUCACCUCAAAGUCUGAGACCUCCCAGGGACCACACGCUUGGAAACAGAAAUGGACAAUUCCUAUAUCUUGAGGCCACUGCAAUAGGGCUGAAAAAUGAGAAAGCCCAUGUGAAGAGUUCCAGAUGGAAAGAGUCAAGCAGGAGUUGUGUGCUGAGCUUCUGGUACUUCAAGUCAUCAAAAGCCACAGGAUGUAUUCAGGUUCUGAUUAAGACUGAUGACAAAAUUGCCAAAAUAUGGAGUGAUUCAGGAAAUGUUAGUCAUGAAUGGAACAAAGUUGAGUUACACUUGGGGAAGCUGAGAAAUUUUGAAGUUAUCUUUGAAGGUAUUCGUACCAGAGACCUAGGAGGAGGAGCAGCACUAGAUGACAUAGAGUUCAACAACUGCUCUACAGCUGGGGAGAAUCCCAAGGAAUGCCCUGCCUUCACUGAUUUUGUGUGUUUGAAUGAGGAUUGCAUAGAAUCUCAGUUUGUCUGUGACUAUAAACCAGACUGUGAAGACCUAUCAGAUGAGGCUGACUGCAGUUACUACACAAGUAUUCCUGGAAGUUGUAACUUUGAAACACAAGAGCAAGAAUGGACCACUGUAUGUGGAUUAACACAAGACCCUUGGGAUGAUUUUGACUGGAAUGUUAGCAGUGGCAGUGUCACUGGACAAAUGAGUCCUGAUACAGACCAUACACCAGGUAGAGGACAGCAUUUUUUGUAUGUAAAUUCAACUGCCCAGGUGGAAGGAAGUAGAGCAAGGAUAUUCACUACCAAAUUCUUCCCAGCCAGCCUUGGAGUCUGCAGAGUUCGGUUCUGGUUCUGGAUGUUUGCUUCUAGGCAAACAGGAGUCUUAAAGGUAUACUCAGUUGAAGAACAUGGAAUGGAUAUUCUUAUGUGGUCUUCUAGCAGAAAUGAAGAAAACAAAUGGAUGUAUGCAAAUGUGGUCCUCUCCAGUAAUACUCCCUUCAGAGUUGCCUUUGAAGUUGAAGUGGGGCAGAGUGAACCCACAGAAUUUGCUCUUGAUGACAUUUCUUUCACCCCAGAAUGUAUGGAUGGAGGACCAGCUGAACCACAGCAUCCAACUUGCAGCAGUGGCCAGUUCCCAUGUGCAUACGUGCAGCAGUGUUUGCCCCUCAAUGCGAAGUGUAAUGGGGCUGAAGAUUGCUUGGAUGGAAGUGAUGAAAUGAACUGUCCCACAAUGAUCCCUACCACUAUGUCUCCAGGCUCCUGCAAACCAACAGAGUUCCUGUGUCCUUCCAAAGGCUGCAUCCCAGCCCUCCUGAAAUGCGAUGGUGUGCCUGACUGCCUGCUUAAUGAAGAUGAAGUUGGAUGCCCCAUUACAGAUUGUUUCAAUGGCUCUUUGUUAUGCCUGUCAACAAAUCAAUGCAUAGCAGUCUCCCAGCGUUGCAACGGCAUUGCAGACUGCAUUGAUUUCAGCCUUGAUGAGUCCAGCUGUUCAGCUUGUCCUGAAGAAUACUGCAAAAAUGGAGGAACCUGCAUCAUCAAAGAUGAUGUUCCUUUAUGCCAAUGUGGAAAAGAAUGGAAAGGAAACCGUUGUCACAUAAGAGCUAAGCCUCUUCAAUCUCCCAUUUCAAGUCUCCGUCGAAAUGAUAUUUGGAUUGGGUUGGGGAUCAGUUUCUUGCUGAUUAAAAUUGCAGUUGCUGCCUUAUGUUUCCUAUCAAAGAAGAAAGAGCACAAAACGAAAGUAGGGGAAACCAUUAAUACUUCAUUUGCCAAUCCACUGUAUGAAGACCUUAGUUCAUCUGGAAAAGUAAAGUCUCCUGGCUACACCACCUCACCUGUUGUUCAAAUCAGUGUUUCUCCAUGGCAUGAGUAUCCAUUUAAUGAAGGUGAGAAUGCUACCUCUUUUCCAAAUCCUCUCUAUGGUGAGGCAUCAGGAGACAUGGAAAAAUUAUGCAGUUCCUUGAAAAUAGACAGAAAACAGGAUUAAUAUUGUGUAUGACUCUUUGCCUGUAGAUUUGUUCUAAAAUCUGAAAGUAUGUUAUGAUCCCGCAGCAUUUGCAAUGUGAGCAACUCUCCACAGAAUAAAUCAUUUAUUACAAUAAUUACGUUCUGAAAGUAAUAUCAUAUUAAAAAUUAAAUCAAUAAGUAUAUACAUAAAUAUAGAAUGCCAAAUUUAUAUAUAUCUACUCUUUCAUAUUUCUGUUGGUGCACAAAUUGAUUGGUAAUUAUAACUCUGAAUUCAUUUUACAUUUGGACAGUUCAAAUGCCACUGUGUUAAUAAAAUGUUUAAUCAAAUCCAGAUUCCUGAGCUCUGAUAAUCAUAAUUUUAUAUCUUUUAUUUGAGAAAUUAUGACUUAAAUAUUUCUGCAGUUUUACAUUAGAAAUGGAUUUUAAAUGGCUGUUUUAGUUUUCCAAGGGGCAGAAGCAAAGGAAAAGUCUAUGUAUAAUUAGAAACAUAUCAAAAUAAAUCACAAUGGUCAUGAAUCAUGAAUUUGAAUAUCUGCUCAGUAUGUGAUUCAGCACUGUGAUACAAUGGCAUGUACCCUUAUUUUUUAAAAGCAGAUUUAUUAUUAACCUUGAAAGCCAUAUCUGACCAAAUUCCCUUCUGGUCCAAUCUACAGUGGCUACCACAGUGCUACUGAUGUAUUUAGCUUAGUGAUUGUCAGAAGAUAGCAACUAGCAUGUUCAGGUAACUUAUUUCUGCUAAGUUGACCUCCCACACAGCUGCAACUUAAGUCCUCACAAGCCUACAUGGGAGGGAUUCUGGUUUGUCUCCUG